AAACGGUGUUGGCAGUGGACAGACAGGUCCAGAAACAGCUACCUGACGUGGCAACCAGGAGAGCCCAACAACCUUGGGAACAAUGAAAACUGCGUUGAACUUUGGAGCCGAUCAGGUUAUAAGAACUGGAACGAUGAGAACUGUGCGUCCACACGUGCGUUCCUCUGCAAGUGCAGAUUCUAGGGGAAGUUGCUCCUCCCCCUGCUCUGGAGGGACAGAAGUGCCUGGGGAAGCCUGGAGAAGCAAGGAAGCCUCCGCACAACCUCUGCUCUGCGUCCCUUCGCUUAAUGGCUGGUUUCUGUAAUUUCUUGGGUCUGGUUUUGCUCAUCGUGAUGGGCGGGAAGGUCAAAUAAAUUCCGUUUUAGCAUGAGUA